UCGUCUGUCGGCCACCUCGCCCUCCCCUCCUCGCCUGGCACCCUGUGCCACUCUUUGACACCAACCUGUCGGGCCAGGUCUGGGCAAGUUGGAGGUGGGCGGGAGCCCCGAGCCUCCCCGCCUCCUGCCUGGGCUGUCCCCGCCCUGUUCCCAGCACACGGGCCUCACCCAGGCUGAGCCGGGCCCCAGCAGGGACAUCAGGGUCCCUGGGGUGACCCCCAAGAAGAAGGCAGCGCACCCCAGAGCCGGCAGGGCCGGGGGCACCCUGGCCAGUGGGGGGCUGGGGGCGAUGCCCCCUGGUGCCCUCUGAGGCCCCCCACCAUGGCCCGAUCGCUGACCUGGCACUGUUGCCCCUGUUGUCUGACGGAGGAGGAGAAGGCGGCUGUGAGGAUCGACCAGGAGAUCAACAAGAUCCUUCUGGAGCAGAAGAAGCAGGACCGCGGGGAGCUGAAGCUGCUGCUGCUUGGCCCGGGCGAGAGCGGGAAGAGCACGUUCAUCAAGCAGAUGCGGAUUCUCCAUGGCGCCGGCUACUCGGAGGAGGACCGCAAGGGCUUCCGGUCGCUGGUUUAUCAGAACAUCUUCGUCUCCAUGCAAGCCAUGAUCGAGGCCAUGGACCGGCUGCAGAUCCCCUAUGGCAGGUCUGACAGCAAGCACCACGCCAGCCUUGUCAUGAGCCAGGACCCUUACAAGGUGACGAAGUUCGAGAAGCCUCACGCAGUGGCCAUCCAGUGCCUGUGGCAGGACGCGGGCAUCCGGGCCUGCUACGAGCGCCGGCGCGAGUUCCACCUGCUCGACUCGGCCGUGUAUUACCUGUCUCACCUGGAGCGCAUCACGGAGGAGAGCUACAUCCCCACAGCGCAGGAUGUGCUACGCAGCCGCAUGCCCACCACGGGCAUCAAUGAGUACUGCUUCUCUGUGCAGAAAACCAACCUGCGGAUUGUGGAUGUCGGGGGCCAGAAAUCUGAACGUAAGAAGUGGAUUCACUGCUUCGAGAACGUGAUAGCGCUCAUCUACCUGGCCUCCCUCAGCGAGUAUGACCAGUGUUUGGAGGAGAACAACCAGGAGAACCGCAUGAAGGAGAGCCUCGCGUUGUUCGGCACCAUUCUAGAACUUCCCUGGUUCAAGAGCACCUCUGUUAUCCUCUUCCUCAACAAGACAGACAUCUUGGAGGAGAAAAUCCCCACUUCCCACCUGGCCACCUACUUCCCCAGCUUCCAGGGCCCCAAGCAAGACGCGGAGGCGGCCAAGAGGUUCAUCCUGGACAUGUACACCCGCAUGUACGCCGGCUGCAUGGACGGCCCCGAGGGCAGCAAGAAGGGUCCCCGCUCCCGCCGCCUCUUCAGCCACUACACGUGCGCCACCGACACGCAGAACAUCCGCAAGGUCUUCAAGGACGUGCGGGACUCGGUGCUGGCCCGCUACCUGGACGAGAUCAACCUGCUGUGACCCAGCGGAAGAGGCCAGA